AGUGCCUACUGUCCUGAUCAACAGGAGGCUAAAAACUUCAGAAAGCGCAUAUUGGAAAAGCUGAAGUCGCGGUGGUAAUGGCGGCAAAUCAAUCAGGAGUUGAUUCGUUCCAACUAUUUCCUUCCGCAAAUGAUAACAAGGCACAAUUAGGGUUUUCGUUUCUUGAUGAUUCGCCGGAAAAGCCUCCUAUUCCACUUCCACCUCCUUGCCUCGAAGUUCUUCUUUCUCAGGUUUCAUCUUCUGUAAAACCGACUUUGGAGCCUGUUAAUUUGGAUGGACUUACUCUGCUAAAGGGGCGAGUGAGUACUCACGAAGUUUUUGCAUUGUCGAAUUCGGAUUUAGUACCAGGAAAAUAUGAAGGGGGACUAAAGCUAUGGGAAGGUUCGUUAGAUUUGGUUAAGUCUCUUCAGUCAGAGGUGGAAUCUGGAAAUUUAUCAUUGAUUGGAAAGAAAGUAUUAGAGAUUGGUUGUGGACACGGGCUUCCCGGAAUAUUUUCUUGCCUGCAGGGUGCAUCUGCAGUACAUUUCCAAGAUUUCAAUUCUGAGGUCCUGCAAUGUCUCACGAUUCCCAAUGUUGUUGCUAAUAUUCCUGUAAAGUCUCAGUCCUUAGCUGCAGACGCUAAAUCAUGGGAUACCGAUGCAGAAGUCCGUUUCUUUGCUGGUGAUUGGAGUGAAGUACAUCAAAUCUUACCCAACCUACAAACAGAUGAUCUAGACUCAAACUGUAGCCCAGGAUCGACUGUAUCUGUUGGUUAUGAUAUCAUUCUCAUGGCUGAGACAGUUUACUCAAUUUCUGCUCUUCCUGCUCUUUAUGAACUUAUAAAGAAGUGUAUGAGUCAUCCUCAUGGAGUUGUUUACAUGGCAGCAAAAAAGUACUAUUUUGGUGUUGGAGGGGGAUCACGACGAUUCGUAUCAUUGGUUGAGAAAGACGGUGUUAUGGUGGCUAGCCUAAUUGCUGAGGUUGGUGGUGGAUCCUCUAACGUUCGUGAGGUAUGGAAGCUCCAAUUCAAGUAAUACUAAUAAUAUCUCUGUGUUAGAAUAUGGUCAUUUUAUCUCCAGAUGUAUGAAGUUGAGCGAGUGUUCACUGUAUUUUCUCCCUGACUGCUUUUCUUACUAAAUAGAUGAAUUAAUUUUGGUUUGUUUCAACUC